AUGGCAACCUAUUCCUAUGCUCAGUACCCCGGGCAACAUAUGAACUCUGCCAUGCACAAUGUUGGGAACCCGGCGAUGGCAGGCAAUUUCCCCAGGUCCCACUUCAACCCCCAGACACGCUCAUUUGUUCCGGGGGUGCUGGGCCACAGCGGCACCCAGGCAAAGCCCAACUGGCCUAGGUUCCCCGAGUCUGUGCCCAAUCACACCUUCGAGCACUCCCCGGCUACCAAUGCAGCUCGCAACCCAAGCACACCCUCACAAACUUCUAUUGCUAAAUGGGGCACCCCAUCCCACUUACCUCCUAAACCCCCUCCAUCUGAAGUCCCCUCUGGCUUUGAGAUCAAACAUCGCGCCGGGUCUGCCAGCCUCCCCGCUCCAGCAGUCCCCAGUAACGGCCUUCCUAGCGCCCCCAAGAAUGGGCCUCUGGUCGUAUCCGGAGGUACGACCACUUCGAAGAUGAACUAG